GUUUCUUAUCGGAACCAUUUUCACAGGGCGCAUGGGUCAAACCAACAUAUCUUUUAGAGGGGUUGACAAGGAUUUUCCUGAUACACAUGUUGCUAACACGCACACCGACAUACGCGGAAAAGCCAUGUAAUGUUAUGUUUUGAACUUACAAUUUAAAAAAAAAUGCAUACAUAUUUUAACGGUUACAAAAUAAACGUUCAAAAACUGCGACAUUAUUGUUAACUCUGCCCCACGGACGGAACAUAAACAAUACACUCGCACCAGGCAGGAAAAACGAAGUGAGAGCAGAUUUAAAGCUUUAUCUACUCUUUUUGAACAAAUAUCUACACAAUACAGGCAAAAAGUAUCACUAAAACGUAGGCAGAAUUAAUUAAGUUUAAAAUGAGCAGUAUUUACAUUCAAGAACCACCCACGAAUGGAAAGGUCUUGUUAAAGACCUCCGGAGGUGACAUUGACAUCGAGCUGUGGUCUAAGGAAGCUCCUAAAGCAUGUAGGAACUUUGUGCAGCUGUGCAUGGAAGGUUACUAUGAUGGAACAAUAUUCCACAGGGUGGUGCCUGAAUUCAUCAUUCAAGGUGGAGAUCCAACUGGAACCGGGAUGGGAGGAGAGUCCAUCUAUGGGGGGCCAUUCAAGGAUGAGUUUCACACCAGACUGCGCUUCAACCGUAGAGGUCUGGUCGCUAUGGCAAACGGCGGCCCCCACGACAACGGCAGCCAAUUCUUCUUCACUUUGGGACGUGCUGAUGAGCUGAACAACAAGCACACCAUUUUCGGAAAAGUGACUGGAGACACGGUCUAUAACAUGCUGAGGUUGGCAGACGUGGAAUGUGACAGCAAUGAAAGACCUUUGAAUCCUCACAAGAUAAGAUCUUCAGAGGUUCUGCAUUCUCCCUUUGAUGACAUUGAACCACGUGAAUCAAAGAAAGCCAAGAAGGAAAAAGAAAAAGAGGAAGGAAAGAAAUCCCAAUCAAAAGCCACAAAGAACUUCAGCCUGCUGUCGUUCGGCGAGGAGGCCGAAGAAGACGAGGAGAUGGUCAAUCAAGCCAGUCAGAGUCUAAAAGGAAAGAGCAAAAGCAGCCACGAUCUCUUGAAGGAUGAUCCGAGACUCAGCUCUGUUCCGGCUGUUGAUAAGGCAGAGAAGACAUCUGGAGAUGAAGCAAAGGAGGAUGACGAGCGCGAGAAAAUGAGCGAGCUGGUCAGAGCCAAACUGAAGAAAGAGAAAGACAGCGCAGCAGCCAGCGAGCUCCGUGUAGACGAGGAACGAGGAAAGAAAAGCAGCCGCAGCGAAGAGUUGCGCAAAGAAGUUCGACAGUUGAAGAAGGAGCUGAAGGCGCUGAAGCAAAGAGAAGAUGGCCCUAAGCCCGCCAUGGAUGAAGUCAAGGAGGAGAGCAAAAAGCCAACCAGCGAGGCUGUCGCCGAGUAUCUGGAGGAGAGAAAGAAGUACGAGGAGCGAAGGAAAGACAAGCGCAAGAAAGGCUAUGGCAGAGAGGAACAGACCAUGGAACUGCUCAACCGUUUCAAAUCCAAGUUGACGACGGCCAUUAGCGAAGCCCCGGAGGUGGAAGAGGACGAAGAAGAGCUGGCAGAGGACGACGACACAGGAUGGCUGGGCCACGUGCUGCAGUUUGACGAGCAGUCCCGAAAAGUGAAAGACGCCAACAUGCAGGACGAGGACACCUUUGAGAUCUACGACCCGAGGAACCCCGUCAACAAGCGGCGGCGGGAGGAGAGCAAAAAGAUCAUGAAAGAGAAGAAGGCCAAGAGGUGAGGUCGUGGGGGAAGCGACUUCAAAGCUCGGGUGCUGUUCGAAGUACACUCAGCUUCGUGGCGCCAUUCCCAGACAUCUGUACACGGAAUGCCACCGUUGAUGCACACUUUGGGACAUUUGUGAAUUUAUUUUUUUUAAUGAAAGAGCAAAGACGCAACAAUAAAAUCUUAGCAAGCUUAAACUACGAAAAAUCAUUCCUGAGUUCUUGUCCGAAUCAUCCGAUUUCGAGGUUCUGCCAAUACCAAGUACCGAUCUGAUACCUCGGCAAUGUACUAAGCAGGGGGGAAAAAACACUUCCAAAUGUUGAAUAUUUUCACACUUCAGACUAGGAGUGGGAGCCUCUUGGUACUUCACGAUACGAUACAAUUUGCGAUGCAAAGCUCACGAUAACGAUGAUCUGACGAUAUGGCGAUACAACGAUUAUCGAUACAUUGGUCAGGAAAUCAUUCUAGGAUAUUCUACAAACAACUAAUUAACAGAAAAACAAGCUUCUAGUGUGAAUUGGAAUUAGUUUAUCACUAGUAGACGUUCAAUCCGUUUGAAGUGUGAGGGAUGGCAGUGAGAACUUUCUAUGACUAUGGCUGUCGGUGGCAGUCAAUGCCAGGCAAUUACGUAAU